AUGGCAAACAUUGAUAUUGAAGGUAUAUUGAAGGAGCUUCCGAAUGAUGGACGCAUCCCCAAGACUAAGAUUGUUUGCACUCUGGGUCCGGCUUCUCGAACGGUGCCAAUGCUGGAGAAGCUUCUUAGGGCGGGGAUGAAUGUUGCUCGGUUCAAUUUCUCUCACGGUACUCACGAGUAUCAUCAGGAGACCUUGAACAACCUCAGGAUCGCAAUGCAUAACACCCAGAUCCUCUGUGCCGUCAUGCUUGACACCAAGGGUCCCGAGAUUCGAACAGGUUUCCUCAAGGAUGGAAAGCCUAUUCAACUGAAGGAAGGCCAAGAAAUUACCGUGACUACUGAUUAUACCAUCAAGGGGGAUGAGAAUAUGAUCUGUAUGAGCUACAAAAAGCUGGCUGUGGACUUGAAGCCCGGAAACACCAUUCUUUGUGCUGAUGGAACGAUUACCCUCACUGUCCUGUCUUGUGAUCCGGCCUCCGGAACUGUCAGGUGCCGCUGUGAGAACACCGCUAUGCUCGGAGAGAGGAAAAAUGUCAACCUCCCUGGUGUUGUGGUGGAUCUUCCCACAUUGACUGAAAAGGACAAGGAGGACAUCCUGGAAUGGGGCGUUCCAAACAAGAUCGACAUGAUCGCUCUCUCUUUUGUCCGCAAGGGUUCUGAUCUCGUUAAUGUUCGGAAAGUUCUUGGCCCUCAUGCUAAGCAUAUACAGUUGAUGUCAAAGGUCGAGAACCAGGAAGGAGUGAUCAAUUUUGAUGAGAUCCUUCGCGAGACGGACUCAUUCAUGGUUGCCCGAGGUGACCUUGGGAUGGAGAUCCCGGUCGAGAAGAUCUUUUUGGCGCAGAAGAUGAUGAUAUACAAAUGCAAUAUCGCGGGCAAGCCUGUGGUCACUGCCACUCAGAUGCUCGAGUCGAUGAUCAAGUCUCCCCGGCCUACCCGUGCCGAAGCAACUGACGUGGCAAACGCUGUCCUUGAUGGGACGGAUUGCGUCAUGCUCAGUGGUGAGAGCGCUGCCGGGGCCUACCCGGAAAUUGCCGUGAAGAUCAUGGCCCGCAUAUGCAUCGAGGCAGAAUCCUCUCUCGACUAUGGGGCCAUCUUCAAGGAAAUGAUAAAGUCGACGCCGCUUCCAAUGAGCCCGUUGGAGAGUCUGGCCUCCUCAGCCGUGCGAACAGCUAACAAGGCAAAAGCGAAGCUCAUCGUCGUGCUGACUCGCGGCGGGACAACAGCGAAGCUGGUAGCCAAGUACAGGCCAGCCGUUCCCAUCCUGUCAGUGGUGGUCCCGGUUCUGACCACGGACUCGUUCGACUGGCUUUGCAGCGACGAGACCCCCGCGAGGCACAGCCUUAUAUACCGUGGGUUGGUUCCUUUGCUGGCCGAGGGAUCUGCCAAGGCAACCGAUGCCGAAUCCACAGAGGUGAUACUGGAGGCAGCUCUCAAGUCGGCUACGUCGAAAGGGUUGUGCAAGCCGGGUGAUGCCGUCGUGGCGCUCCACCGUAUCGGGGCCGCGUCGGUCAUCAAGAUCUGCAUCGUGAAGUGAAGGCGGAAUGCGGCGAAAGAGGUCUGAAGCGGGAAAGAUCAGCAGGUGAAGUGGGUUUGCAUUUUGGUCCAUGUCUUUUUUGAUUGUUAUUUUGUUUGAAGCCUUCUCUGCUCCUGCAAAUGCCCUAUUUGGAAGAAAAUAGGCAAGAGUUACCUAAGUGGCCAUUUAGUCUGCUCUUGCUCUUACUUUAGUUCGGCCCAUAUCGUGGAUAUUCACUUUGAAUGAAAAUAAUUUAGCUUGAUGA